GGAAGGAGUGUAUGCGAGCACGGGCGGCGGCGAUCGGGAUGCAAGGCAUGCGGGGGCAGCAGCAUAUGCGAGCACGGGCGGGUCCGAUCGAGAUGCAAGGCAUGCGGGGGCGGCAGCAUAUGCGAGCACGGGCGGGUCCGAUCGGUAUGCAAGGCAUGCGGGGGCAGCAGCAUAUGCGAGCACGGGCGGGUCCGAUCAAGAUGCAAGGCAUGCGGGGGCAGCAGCAUAUGCGAGCACGGGCGGCAGCGAUCGGGAUGCAAGGCAUGUGGGGGCAGCAGCAUAUGCGAGCACGGGCGGGUCCGAUCGGGAUGUAAGGCAUGCGGGGGCGGCAGCAUAUGCGAGCACGGGCGGGUCCGAUCGGGAUGCAAGGAGUGCGGAGCUGGGAGC